GGAACCAACAUUUUCAUGAAAAAAUCUGGUUUUUGGUUUCACAUCUUCGCCUGAACAAUGAUGAUGUCAUAGCCCCGCCCAUCUCGGUUUCGAUCUUGGAUGUCGUCACUGUCUCUGUGAGAGCAUCAGCGCGACACCUGCCAUUCCCAUCCAGUACACAAGUGGGCGCCAUAGUGCAGACGCAUACAAAAGAAGUCGCGAAGAAGACGCAGGCGUAUUGUUUUGGACUCCAGCUGUCUUUUGUUGACAACAGAACGUUGGAAAUACAUUUUAUAUCGAGGUGCUCUGUUACCAUGACGACAAAGCGGGGACUGAUAACCGACUCCUUCAAGGUGGUGAAGAAAGCCAGGCGGUCGGCGAAGACAGAGAAAAGACGGACUCCAUCCCCGCCUCCCAGUAGGUUCUCCCCUGUUUUGAUGUCCAUUUUGACUCCCUUCAAUUGCCUCUGCAUCUUUGCCCAUCCAGCUGAAGCCCAUCAGGAGGUCCGAGAGGAAGACCUGCAGAAGCUCAGGCAGUUUGAUCUGGACUGGAGAUUCGGACCCUGCACAGGUAUCAGCAGGCUGCAGAGGUGGGAGAGAGCACAGCUCCACGGUCUGAGCCCACCUGAGGAGAUCAGAUACCUGCUGCUGCAGACACACACCGACCCUGAGUACAGCCGAAGUUUAUGGAGUGAUUAUCCGUUGUGAGGGCGUUGUGAUGGUGGAGCCAGCGUCGAUGAUCAUGAAGGUCGAUUCAAGCAAAACCCCGUGGCCGCUGCCAGUCCGUCUUCAAACGCUGCCGGAGACACUUUGUUUUUAAAAUGUUCUUACCUGCUUUGUUUUGAGCCCCGUUUAUCCAGGUGCUGUUUCCUGCUGGCGCCAGCAGUAGAAGAGCUUUCCGAUGCUUUUAUUCAACACAGUUUUGUCAUUUGUUUCAUCAUGUUUCCUCUGCAGACACUACAACUUCAUGACUGCUACAUUUAGAAAUAAUCUGAUCUUGAACCUCCAGGUUUCAAGUGUCAUAAAUAUAUUGUGUGAGAGAUCAAGCGUGCAGUGUUAUUGAUAAGUCCACACCUUGUGUGCAUCGGAGCCACAGAAGCUACGGCCGUUGCCAUGGCGACCACAUCUAAUCUGAGUCCACAAUAAAGGACUUUGGAACACUACUCACUGUGAUAAGAGACUCCAUUUCAUUCCACCUUCAUUCAUGUCCUUGAGGUUUGUUGCUGCACUCUUGACAACAAAGUUUAUUAUUAUAAUUAUUAGUAUUUAAAAACACUACUAGAGUCAACCUGACUGGAAGUCAGUGUGAAGAAUUUAUAUCCUGACAUGUCACAGGUGCAAUCUACAUUUAUUUACUCAUAUAAAUGCGUAUAUGUAUAAAUACAUGUUUGGAAUAUAUUUAUACACAUUAUUGUCGGACUAUUAUUAAUGCAAUGUCACAUAAUAAUCCGUCUGCAACAACCUAUUCAGCUGUCAAAGAGCCCAUAACCCUCUCGUGUACAUGGGUCUCACAAAGGAUGGUUCAAAUCCCUGUAUUUCAAUGGAAGCUAACACUCACGUGCUGCUGUCACGUCUUAUUUCAUAUCAAAUCACAACAAAAACCACAAUAAAAGGCGACUUUUAAGCGUAAAAAUGAAACGAGCUUUGUCACACUUCCUCG